GCCGUCUACAAUGGCAAGCCCAUUUUUCUUGGCCUUCACGCGGCUUCCUCCUCCUGCUCCCUCUCUCCAUCAGCGCGACCUGUAUCUCCACCACUGUUAGUCGGCAUGGUCACGACUGCCUCCAAACGACAGCACCACCACUAAGCCCACUACGAUUAGGGGUGGGCAUAAAACCAGCAGCACCGCCACCACCAUUCGUCAACACAAACGCCGGCACACCAUCCAAAAUCACCAACGCUAUCACCAAGUAAUUACCACCCAAAAUUACCACUGCUACUCGUACCGAUAGUCGUUGCUCCGAUAGGAAACGACCUUCAGCUCCCAUUAGCUUUUUAUCAUCGGACCAAUAGCAGCAAACUACCGGCUUCUCCAGUGGUCUUAACCUCGUCCUAGCUUGCUCCCUUAACAGCGGUUCCCUCCAUUCUGAGCGCCAUUUCUUUUCGCCUUCUUCUCUGCUAUCGCCGAAAAUCUAUCCUCCUUCUAGGAAAGAAGGAGAGCGCUCCCUAACGCCCGAGGAAAGCUUCGAGAAGAACAUACUGCGUGUGGCUCUCAAAGAUGCUAUUGGUAGCAAAUCCAUUGACAUUUAACUCGACGAGUUCAUGUUCCAUCGAUCUCCAUAGUAGACUGCGGUAUUAUGUGCUAUGUGCUGCAAAAGGCCCAAGGCCUAGGUUUCCUCGUGCGUGGAAAUCAAGGAAGAGAAUAGGCACUGUCUCCAAGUCACUCAAGCUUGUUGAAUGUAUAAGAGGACUGUCUAAUGUGAAAGAAGAAGUUUAUGGGGCUCUUGAUUCUUUCAUUGCUUGGGAUCUGGAGUUUCCCUUGAUUACAGUGAAGAAAGCUUUGAAAAAGCUUGAAGAAGAAAGGGAAUGGAAGCGAAUAAUUCAGGUCACGAAAUGGAUGGUGAGUAAAGGCCAGGGCAAGACCAUGGGGAGUUAUUUUAUGUUAUUGAAUGCUUUAGCAGAAGAUGGUAGGCUUGAGGAAGCCGAGGACCUUUGGAGUAAGAUAUUCUCUGAAAAUCUAGAAGGCACACCACGUAUUUUCUUCGACAAAAUGAUUUCUAUUUAUCAUAGCAAGGGCAUGCACAGAAAGAUGUUUGAGGUUUUUGCCGAUAUGGAAGAGCUUGGUAUCCGGCCCAACAACUCUAUCGUAGCAAUGAUUGGAGAUGCAUUCAAGGAACUUGGAAUGCUUGAUAAAUAUGAAAAACUAGUGAAAAAGUAUCCUCCCCAGAUAUGGGAGUACCGGUAUGUAAAAGGAAAACGCGUGAGAGUCAGGACAGAGUAUGUCAAAGAGCCUGUCAAUUUAAUAGUUUCUGAACCUAACAUGUAAAAUGCUCUUCUAUGAGAUUAUACAAGUUUCCGUAAGAUGGUUUUAUUUCCUUUCCA